GCGGGCGAGUGAGUUGCCGCGGGUGCAUGUGGCGGUGUCUCUGACACCCCCCACACCAGCGCCCUACCUCCUCAGAACAGUUUUUAUGCGGGGCACGGACGACAAUGGCUCCAUGAUCUGCGAAGAGAUCGCCAUACAGCGAGACUUCAAGCCACAGUACGGGCGGUGGGGCUCGCGCACGGUGUACAACCACGAGGACAAGGAGGUCUUUGUCAUCCGCAAGAGGGUGGCCAAGGGCACGUGGCAUGCUCGCUACCGACCAGUCCCCGUGGAGCCAAAGGAGAAAGUCAUUCUGUUGCACCAGGGUGGGUGGCGCUAUAUUGAGACCGAUCCUGUUCCAUUACCCGAGCCUGAGCCCCCGCACCUGCGGGUGGGGGUGGUGCGGGGGCCCGUGGUGGCGCAGGCUGUGCCGCAGCCGUCGGAUGACUAUGAUAGCAUCCAACGGUUCUGCUUGCUCGACUGCCUUCCCAACGGUCGCACCGCCACUGUGACGAUCGAGCGGCGGCGCGACUCGACUAUCUUCGUGCAGGGGAUCCAGCUGACGCUGGAGGAGGAGGGAAACAGCCGGGUGCUCCUACUGCCCGGCCGCCAGCACAAGUACAAGGUGCCAGGAGCCCCCUCCGUCGAGGACCUCGGAUUCGCCACUCUCAUCCGCUUCCCCCCGGAUGCCCCUCACGGGCGCGCCACAGCGCUGCUCAACUGGAAGGGCGCAGCAAUGGAGGUGGCGCCAGACGAGUCUGUCCCCCUCGUGCUGCUGCUCUGCACGUGCCUCUCCGAAGCUAUUAAUGACAUGGCAGGGAUUAAUCGUGUUAGGCGCUUCCGCCGCUUGCCAUUGGCCGACCCCGACCCAGCCAAUCACUGGGGCGCACUGAGCAUCUCGAGGGAUAUGGCCAGCGGGGCGGCGGCGGCGGCUAAGAGUGGAGAGGAGGAGUUUUCGUUUUCGAGUGUGGAGAUGAGUCGGCAGAAGUGGUGGAAUCGGCGGCCGCUGCGGUUUGCCAUAGGGGCUGGCAGCUGUGGGGCUGGGGCAUGUGGCCCUAGCUGCACGGGCCCUGUUGAUAUCUUCAGUGGAUGAUAAUAGUAGGGACAAGGUAAGGAUGUCAGAUUUCAUGUGAAUGUAAAAUGUAGAACUAAAAUGAUAAAUGAACGUUUUUUAUAUGAUCUACACUAGAUAUGCC